AUUUUUUUGUAGUGUUUUCGCAUUGUUGUUCCUUUUUCCGCGAGGCCGGUUGAUUCCAUGUGAAAAUAAUUUCAAAAACAUAAAAUAUUGGGGAUUUAGCGUCCGCAGAAUAGGUUUAGAAUGUUUAUUUCGGAGCCCGAAGACUUCCUGGCGUCGAGUGCGAGCUCGUGUCGUCUUUGUCACCGCGAAGCUAGCAUCGACUCGCCAAACAUCUUUGAUAGUUCUCCGAAGUUCUGCAAGGACAUGAGCAUUGCCGACGUUUGCCAGCGUCUUUGGGAUGUCCAGUAUGAACGUCACGAGUUUUUGUCGGAGCACAUUUGCCCAAAUUGUGUUGAGAUAAUGGAGGAUGCAAACGAGCAACGUCGUGGAAUGCAGGAGCGGGAACAGGCGCUACAGCAACAACUAAUAUCUCUCCUUAAGAAGGACGCCAUGUAUCGUCCAGGCUUGAAUGGCAAUCCAGGCAAUUUCGAAGCAGAAGAGGGCCGUAUUAUCGUUGAUGUGGAUCCAGAAAAGCUAUCAGAGACGAGUGAGGACGAGUUUCUGCUUGGAUCUGACGCUGAUUAUGACGAGGAUGAUGAAGAGGAUGAGGACGAGGAUUUUGACGAGGAUGAUGAGGAGGACGGCCAGCACGGCGACGAUGCAGACAUGCCGUUGGGUAUGGAUGCGGCUCAAAUGGCGAUUAUGGAUAUGAAGACAGCGGGAGCCAAUGACGAUGCUAACCCAGGUGGACCACGGCCUAAGAGGGCUUUCCUGUGCCAAUAUUGCGACGUGGGUUUCACUCUGCCGUCCGAAUGCCAGCAGCACGAACUAAGCGCCCACGACCCCAACGCACCAUAUUCCUGCGCCUACUGCAAUCUGUGUCUGGUAACGCGACCCGCUCUGAUCUCGCACAUUAAGACGUUGCACGAUCCGGAUCGUCCUUAUGUGUGUGCUCAAUGCCGCAAAGGAUUUGUCCGACGCUCAGAUCUUAAGAAGCAUACAAUUGUUCAUACUGGCGUGCGACCUUACACCUGCAACGUGUGCUCCAAGAGUUUCUCGCGCAACACUAACUUGACCAAGCACGUGCGCAUCCAUAGCGGUGUGAAGCCGUUCGUCUGCCAACAGUGUCCUCGCUCCUUCCAGACGGCAGUCGAAAUGAUGAAACACUCACGCUCGCACUCCGAAGUGAAACCCUUCCAAUGUGGUCGUUGUUCCUACUCGUUCUCUCGCAAGGAUAAGUUGUUGGCCCACCAACAGGUCCACACUCGGCGGGAUGUGGAACAGCAACAGCAGCAGAUGGGAGGUCUUCCGCCAAUGGAGGGCGAUUUGGCUCAGUACCAACAAUUUCACCAGCAACCUAUCCAAGUGAAGCCAAAGCCUCCUAUGCAACCUAAAUCCUCCCGAAGUUUCCGAUGCGAUAUCUGUGACAGGGUGUUCCAGCGGGAGCGGGACUUGCAGCGUCAUAGAGCUCUCCAUAUGGACUCACUGUUUGCUUGCAAGAUCUGCAAUAUGGGAUUUAAUCGACGGGAGCAGCUGCAGCGUCACGAAUUGGAAGCCCAUGGACCCAGCUACACGUGUAGCAUUUGCUGCAUCAGUUUCCUUCAUCAGGUGGAACUAGAGAAUCACUUGAAGGUACAUCAACUGCAGCACAAAAUGGUCCAGAGUGCCCAACAAGCCAUCAAUGCGGCCGCUGUCAUGCCACACAAAGUAAUGGAUCAAGCUCCAGUGCCAAUAAUGGCCCCUGUAGUGCAGGAGCCGAUGCCAAUGCGUCCCUCGGCAGCCGAACUUUCUUUCUAUAGCAACAUGAUACCCACUAUGAACUUGGGUUUCUACAGCGAAACGCGUCCCGAAGAAUAAUCUGUAACUUUAAUAUGUUAGCUAGUAAGUUGGUAAAGUUGAUGAACUAACGGCUGUUUGAGGCAGUUCGAAUUGGUGCGCUAAGAUAUACUCUUUCGCAAUUCCUGCUUAAGGGCUUUUUCUCCUAGAGCUUCUAACCAAUUGCUGCCAAAAUAUAGCUUAAUGGUUUUCUAAUUGAUGGUCAAUAAAUGGUAUUUAAUUUA